CGGAAAAUUGUAAUAUUUUGAGAUUUUCUUAAAAGUGUUAGCUAAAUAACCUUGUACAUGUAUGUAAUAUAAACGUAAACUAUUUAUAAAUGUCAAGACUGUGUCGUAUUAUCGCCUCGAAAUAAAACUCGAAAUAUAAACCAGCCACCAGAGAGAAGAAAUAGAAAAUGAAUACGUAUGCUUAUAUUGUUAUUGAGUGUUUUUAUACAUUAAAAUGAACUAAACAUUAACGGCAAUCAGUGUCAUUUAUCUAUGCGAUUUUUAAGGCAGCCUAAUCAAAUUGACUGCUUAAAAAAAAUAACACUUGUUUAUGAAAGGUGAUUUAAAGAUUUAACAAAAAUAAAAAAAAAGUAAAAUAGCUUAAAGGAUUAUCAUUGAAAAAAAUAUAAACUUUAUUCAAUGUGUCUGGUGAAAGAUUUUAGUUCAUAAAAUUUAUUUAUUUCUAUUUUAAUCUGUUACAAAAGCUUUAUUUUUGAGUAAAUGAUCCAAGGAGAGAUCAAAGAAAAAUAUUCCUCCCAUGAAUUGCUUGAUUGCAAUGAUGAAACAAAGUUUUGUGUUGUGCUCCAUGUUAAAAUAUAUAUUUCUAUUCUAACUUAAACGAGUGGGGCAUUUAGGAGAAGUCAUCUCAAAGCUUCAAUCUCAUUCCUCAACACAAAUGUCGUGAAUCUUGUCAAGAUGCAACGUGUUUUAAGUUUUCAAACAGGUCGUGGGGGUGGGGAAUCGACUGAAUUUGUUACAAAACGCAUGUGUUGUUCUUUGAUAUUUUCGGUGGGUUUUCUGUGUCUUCUUUGUGGAUUUUUAAUUGGAAGAUUUGCAGCAGGACGUGUGAUUGAAAUACGGAUUGAAAGAAAAAAACUUGAAUUGGAUGGAAAUGGCCUUUACUACUAUGAUCAUUUAAGAAAUGAAUUGAUUUCUAAUUUAAAUAAUGCAAACUUUGAUCUCACUUUCAAUGUAACACAUUUAAGAACGAGUAAAGCCUUGGAAAGUGUUGAAAAAUCAUUGUCAGGCUUGAAUAUUUUCAAUGAAAUCACAGGAAAUGACAGUUGCGUGAUAGCAACAGUACGUGGUUCUCACGAGCCGGACAGAUACAUUGUUCUUGGUGUUGAUGGUCCAAACAUCGUUAUCGGGAUUUCGAUAGCUAAAGAAUUUCAAAAAAUUUAUGAAACUCAUGAAUGGAUACCUAAGAGAACGUUAAUUUUUCUUAUAUCUACAGAUUUUAUGGAAUCUUGUUUAUAUUCUUUAUCUAAUUAUGAUCGAUCCAAAAUUGUUGCUUAUUUAGCGGUUGAUAAAAGUCCUAUUGAAGAGCAAGGUGUUUUUCUAAUGUCAGGAUCAGACAUGGUUCAAACAACAGUUCUUGAAGCUUCUAAAGAUUUUCCAGAUUUUCAAAAUCCUUAUAAUUUCACUAAUCUUCAAAGGUUAAAAGUGAAUAUGCCUCAAGCAGUUAUUUCAUUUAAUUCUCAAAUUAAUUAUACUAAUUUGGCAGAAAAUAAAAAUUUUGUUCGUACAAACCAAAUAAAUUUAGCUAGAGUUUUGAGCAAUAGCAUUUGGAAGUUGUCAGAAAUGACAAUAUUCCAAUGGGAUCCACAAAUGCUCAAUGAAGUCAUCGAAGUUUUAGAUCAAAUAACAUCACAAGACUUACAAAUCAUUAGAGAAUACAUCAAAACAACAGUUAAAAGAAUCAUCAGUGAAGGUUUAACUCUUAAUGGAAAAAUAAUGAAUAUUGACAGAUUAAAAUCAUUGGAUAUACGAAUAAUGAAUGACUUUCUCAAGGAUCUAGAGCAAAUUCUUUUAUGCCCUGAUGAAACUUUUCAAUCUCAAACUGAUAUAGCCGCACUCCGACAAAAAAUUCAAAGCAAAAACGUAUACGAAUAUCUUCAUAAUAUGCUAAAAUGUUAUCAAGAUGCCGACAAAAUACUUCAAGAUAUGACUUGAUAUUUCAAUAAAUCUGAUUAUGGAAUGGAAAAUAAAUUGUAUACAAGGCACCUCACAAUAAAUAAAUUAACCAACUAA